AUGUCAGGAAAAGGAGAUGCUAAGGCAUCCAAGACUAGAGUACUAGAAGAAAGUGGUGAUACUCAAGAUACACAAAGAAUGAAGGACGAAAAAAUGCAUAGAUCGAGGAAUGAAGACGUGGACAUGACAAAUGCUGACGAUGACAUUUCCGAAGAAGAAGGACUAUUGAGACUUUCCCACCAAUAUCAGAAAUCAAAAUCGUUCAGCAAUGAUCAAUCGGCCAGUGGAGACGAAGUGGAUGAAGACAAACUGAUGUCUAACUCAUAUUAUAAGCGUUCGAUUCAUUAUGGUUCAGAUGAUGCAUCAGAAUUCAUCCAUGAGAAUGAUCAUGGUUCUGAUGGCGAUGAGAAUAUGGAUGAUACUGAAGACUAUCAUUACAAUCAACGCCAUGACGAGGAAGAUGAACAAGAAGAUGAUGAAGAUGAAGGAAGAGACGAUGAAGACGAGGAAGAAGAAAUUAACGAGGACGGUGCAUUUGAUCCGUUCAACGGAUCUGGUAGCGGAAGAAUUAGUGGCAAUGAUAUAAGGUCAAGAUUGUUAUCUGAAAUGUUCCCUGAAGCUGCGAACUUUUUCAGUGCUUUGUCAGGCGGUGGAACUUCAGGAAUUAAUGGCUUGAUUGAUGGCUUAUCGCGCCGCGACGACCCGUUCCUCAUUCUAGAAACUUUGAAUGAAUUAUCUGAUAGGCUAUUAGUCACGAACAGUUUGACAGAAGCAGGGGUUCCAGUCACAAAAUUAUCCAAAGCCUUGAUAUCAAUCUUGAAUGAUCCAUUCCUCACUGGUGAAUUAGAAGUCCAGCUAGUAGCUUGCAGAUGUAUAUAUAAUUUGUGGGAAGUUAAUCCAGAUUAUGCCUAUACCCUUGUGUCGGUUGGUGCAAUCGAGGCAAUUCAACCCAAAUUGAUGGAGAUCAGUUAUAUUGAUUUGGCUGAGCAAUGCUUACAGACACUUGAAGUCAUUUCUAGAAGUAGCGGAAAGAGAAUUUUAUCAACGGGUUGCUUAAGUGCAUGUGUUCAAUAUCUUGAUUUCUUUACUAUACACGCCCAAAGAAAAGCAUUGAUCAUUGCUGCCAAUUCCUGCGUUGGCAUCAAGGGUGAUUCUCUUGAUUCAAUCAAUGAGGUUUUUCCAAUUUUGUCACGAGUUGCUGUUGAGUAUUCUGAUACCAUUGCUGUUGAGAAUGCAUUAGUUGCGAUCUGUGGUAUCCUUAAUAGCUUCAAAGAUUCACCACUAUCUUUGGAAAAAUUGGUUAAACCAGAGUUGCUUAGGCGCAUGUUGGAUAUCAUUUCAGCUUCUUCAUCAAGGAAAUCUACCAAGGGCGACGGCGUUAGCAGUUCAUCAACUGUUGUGCUAAAUCUUGCGACAGUUAACAAAUCAUUGACUGCUUUGGCUAGCAUAUCUUCGGCUUCCCCUAAGAUUUCUUUUAUGUUGAUUAACGAAUGUGAAGUUGGAAAAUUCUUCAAUAAAGCCCUAGGGAGGGACUAUGAUGCUAAAUCAUCUUCAAUUGAAGUCCUCAUGAAAACUCUGAAGGAUUUAUUCAUUAAGGUUUUGAACUUUAUUUGUUCUUUGCUCCCAGUAGUUACGGUUGAUUCUAAUGAAGAAUAUUCACGAUUCUGCGGUUAUUUUUCGAUGUUAACAGACGCUAGAUCAAAAAUUAACAGUGAAAGAAAAGAACUCUUCAAUUCUGAAAAGAACUCUAAUGAUUUGAACUCAUUUGCAAAUCAUGCCUUGCCAUUGUUGGUUGAUAUGCAUUCUGCUUCUGUUGAUUUUGAAGUUAGAAGAAGAAUUUUAUUGGCAAUUAUCAGACUUGCCAGUAUUGCUAAUUUCAAAAAGAUUUCAACUGGACCACAGUCAAUUAAUUCAAUAACUAGUCUAUUGACGUCUGUUGUGAUUCAGGCCAAGAAUGCUUUAGAAAAUGAUUUUUCAUCUGCCAACAUAAAUCAUCCUGCCAAAGAAGUGCGCAAAAAUGCUAGUUUGUACGUCUUGUUUCUAGGCACCUUGAUCGUUGUUGAUUUGUUUACAAAAAAAUAUUCAUCUAUCUUUUUGAAGGAAUUUGAUAGAGAAGGUUUGUUUUCCAAUAUUUCUACGCUGCAUGACAUUUGCUUGAAAAUUUUGGAAACUUAUAAUAGUGAAAGUGAUAACCGUGCGGAUAGCAAAGCCCUUAAUAUCGAACUGGAUAAUGGUAAUGCCCCUGAUGAUGAAAACAGUACCAAAGAGGAACAAGGUAACAAUUUCGAGGAAGGUGUUUACAAUGAGAAUGAAGGAGAGGAUGAAGACGAAAAUGAAGAGGAGGAAGAAGGCAAUGAAGAAGACGAUGUAGACAACGAAAACAACGAAGAAGAAGAAGAUGAUGAUGAUGUUGAUGUCGACGACGACGACGACGACGGCGACGAAGAUGAUGAUGUUGAGUUCGCAAUCAAUAGGUUUGGAAGUAGCCACUAUCAAAAUGAAAAUAAUUUGGCUGAUGUUGAUGCAAAUAAUUUUAGUUUUGCAGGUCACAAUGAUAUUGCCAUGAUUAAUAUGAUCGCUGAGCUAUUGUCCAGUAUCUCACAAGAUUAUACUAAUGCUAAACAUUCUAGCUCAUUGGAGAUGUUACCUCAUAUUAAGCUUCAUAAGGAGGUGGUUACCACAUUAAAGAAUUCUGAAUUGAUCAAAACCUACUCUUAUGAUCAAUGGCUUGGUUUAUGGAAGAAAUUAGCACAGAGUUUGGAUUCCGACGGUGUUGUGAUUUCCAGCUAUGAAUUAAUAUCAUCUGGAAUCAUUGAUACCCUUAACAUCAUAUUUGGUGCCAAUAAUACAAACUGUGUUGGCAGAUUGGGCUCUCCAUGCUGCGACAGUUUUAUUCAUAUUUUUGUGAGGAAACAGUUUGUGGGUGAGGAAGUUCCUUUGAAUUUGUUGGUAAACAAAUUACAGGAAGGAUUGGGUAGAGUAGAAUCAUUUGAAAUUUUGACUUCUGGUAGUUCCAACGCAGGAUUGCGUGACUCUCAAAGUUCUACUAAUAAAGCGCUUUCCAUGGCGAAACAAAUCAAGUUGCGCUUAAGUUGCGAUGAUGAAAGUGGCUCCUUACCAGAAAAUUAUAAAACUUUAAUGUUGUCUACACAUGCUGUUGCGACCUUCAAAUCGAUUAACAACUUUUUGAAAAACAGAAUCUUAUUGUUCUCCAGAUUAACAGAUGCUGUAUUCGGUUCUCCUACUAAUAGAACAAGUUCCGGCAAUGAGAGAAGGGUUUCUAGCAGUAGCAGAAGGACCUCAAUAAAUUCUCGUGUGAGAGAUGAUAGCAGAUCAGACGCUGAUGGCGAUGAAAUUAUUGAUGAUAUUGAUGAAGAAUAUGCGGCAGCUGAUGAUGAGAUUGCCGAAUGUGCCAUCGAAGAGGAUAAUGAAGAAGAAGAUGGGGGCGAAGAUUCAGCUGAUAUAAACCCAAGUGAUAAAUGGUAUUUGGAAUUUAGCAUCAAUGGUGAGGUUGUUCCUUUAGAAACCACAAUAUAUGGAGCGAUUUAUAAGUCACUUCAAAUGGACCCAAAUAACGAGGGAACUUUGCGUCAUGUGAAUACCAGUAAUAUUUGGAACACUACUCAUGCUAUUAAGUUCAGAAGAGUUAGCCAGCCUCCUGAACGCCCUGCUGAUGUGAUUCAUGAAGAUGGAAAAUAUAUUUCCAAGACUGGCUCUAACGACUUGGAGGCAUUGGGCGAUGCUUCGAGUGUCCAAAUUUUGAAAUUAUUGAAAUGCUUGUUCCUCAUCAACAAUCUGGUGAAAAAUAAUUCAGGGGCUAACGAUUCGUUGUUUUUAAAUUGGAAAUUGACUGCAAAGCUCAAUAGACAACUCGAGGAGCCUUUGAUUGUGGUCAGUGGAACCUUGCCAGGCUGGAGUGUUCAUAUCACCAGACAGUUCCCAUUCAUCUUUCCUUUGAACACUAGACUUUUCUUUUUGCACUCAACUUCUUUUGGAUACUCAAGGUUGAUUGAAAAAUGGAAAUUAAAGAACAACGAGAGUCAAUCCAACUCCAAUACAAACAACGCUAUAGCGGAAUUGGGAAGACCUAAUAGACACAAGAUAAGGAUUUCCAGAAAACAUAUAUUGCAAAGCGGUAUCAAAUUAUUAGAAUUAUAUGCUUCUCAUUCAAGUGUUCUUGAAAUCGAAUACUUUAAUGAAGAAGGUAGUGGUUUAGGCCCAACCCUCGAAUUUUACUCUGUUAUCUCUAAGGAGUUCCAAAAGAAAUCUUUGAAGAUGUGGAGAGGCUCAUUGGAUAAUCUUACUGACAGCUCAUACGUCAUGUAUCAGAAUGGUCUUUUUCCUGCUCCAAUGAGCAACGUCAUGCAAUCUGGCGCUAUCGGAAAGAAAAUUCUUUCGUUAUUCAAAAUGCUAGGUAAGUUAGUUGGCCGAUCAUUAUUGGAUGGCCGAUUAGUCGAUUUUGCAUUCAAUGAAGUAUUUUUCCAAAUUGCGGGUCUCAUCGAUGAAGCAGGUGCCGUUGAAUAUGAUGGGGCUAUUAGAUCUGUGUUGUUUGAUAGGCUCAGAGUUGUUGACAAGGACUUGGCUAGCUCCUUGCAAUACCUCCAAAAGUUUAUUGAUGAAUAUGAGGAAAAUGCAACAUUAUAUGCAUACCCAGAUCAAGUUAAAGUUGAUGGUGCCACUUUGGAAGACUUGUCUCUCAGUUUUGUUUUGCCAGGCUAUCCUGAUUUUGAACUAGUUGAUGGCGGUGCAGACAUCCCAGUGAUGAUGUCUAAUGUUGAUGACUACAUUAGCAAAGUCAUUGAUGCAACUGUUGGGGGAGGGGUUUGCAGACAAAUUAAAGCAUUUAUUGAAGGUUUUUCUCAAGUUAUUCCUUAUAAUGCGGUCACCAUUUUUACCCCAACAGAAUUAAUUGAAAUGUUUGGUAACGGGGAAGAAGACUGGUCAUUUGAAACUUUGUGUUCUUCAAUCCAUGCCAAUCACGGCUAUAACACUGAUUCCGAAUCUUUUGUCAGAUUGCUCGAAGUUAUGGUCAGUUUUGACAAAGAUGAAAGAAGAAAGUUUUUACAAUUUUUAACUGGGUCUCCAAAAUUACCUAUUGGUGGGUUCAAAGCUUUAAGACCAGAGUUCACCGUAGUAAGAAAGCCAAGCGAAGAUGGCAUGAGUGCAGAUGAUUUCUUACCAAGUGUCAUGACUUGUGCUAAUUAUUUGAAAUUGCCUGAGUACUCAAGCAAGGAAAAAAUGAGAGAGCGUAUUAUACAGGCUAUCAAUGAAGGUUUGGGGGCUUUCUUAUUAUCUUGA